AUGCAAUGGAAGAACGGUGAUACAACGAAUGGACAAGUUGUUGCUGGUGGUAGAGGCGCAGGAAGUGGAUUACAUCAAUUGGACCUUCCAACAGAUGUAUUAAUUGACAAAGAGGCGGAUAAUCUCAUUAUUUGUGAUGGAGAAAGUCGACGAGUUGUACAAUGGUCUCGUUGUAGUAGUACAACACAAGGUAAAAUACUCAUCGACAACAUCGAUUGUUGGGGAUUAACCCUGGAUGAACAGAGAUAUCUCUACGUUUCUGUCUGGAAUAAAGAUGAAGUAAGACGAUAUCAAUUGGGUGAUAAGAAUGGCACUCUCGUAGCUGGUGGUAAUGGAAGAGGUGAUGGACUCAGUCAACUCAACGGGCCGACAUAUCUCUUUGUUGAUCGACAACAGAAUGUCUACGUAUCGGACGAACGAAAUCAUCGUGUAAUGAAAUGGAAUAAAGGUGCAACAGAAGGUAUUGUGGUCGCUGGAGGACAAGGCGCAGGGAAUGCUCUGACACAAUUGUCUAAUCCUAAUGGCCUCUUCGUUGAUACAUUGGGUACACUCUAUGUAGCAGACAUGGGGAGUAAUCGUGUAAUGCGUUGGACUCAAGGAGCAAAAGAAGGCGCUGUAAUUGUGGGUGGAAAUGGUCAAGGAGCAGGAGCAAAUCAGUUCAACUGUCCCAUUGGCUUGUCUUUCGAUCGACAAGGUAAUCUCUAUGUCGCCGAUGAAAAUAAUAAUCGUGUUCAACGAUUUUCUAUCGAAUAA